ACCUUCCUAGCUCCCAAGCAAGAAACAAGUCAGCUAGUACGAACCAACCAACCGACCCAAAUCAAAAUGGUUUUCCAGACCCCACCCAUGACCACCCCGGAGUACUGCACCGCAGACUUCUCGCUUAUCCCCAUCGGCUCCAAAGACGUCUCGUUCUCCAAGCAAGUCGCCGAGAUCCAGCGUCUGAUCCAGAACACCGGCCUCAAGUCCCAGAUGCAUGCCACCGGCACCACCGUGGAGGGAACAUGGGACCAGGUAUCGCAGACCAUCGGAUGCGCUCACACCAUGAUCCAUAACGAGGGGGUGGGCAGGAUCCAGACGGAUAUCCGCAUCGCAACACGGACCGAUAAGAUGCAGCCGAUGGAGGAGAGUAUCUCCUCCGUGCAGCGGGUGUUGUCUACUUGAUUGUGAUGCGAUGCGAGCCAUGUUCGGGGAUACGAACAGUGACGAUUGGUGCUUUGUGUUGCUUGGUGGAGUGCGGAUUGUUGUACUGGGA